AUGAGCAGAAAUAGAAACAGAAUACCUGCAGAUAGAAUCUAAGGAAUCCAAACUCUUGAGCUAGAGUAAAGACCAGACCUUGCUUAAGAUGAGUAUUUGGAUAAGCCAUUGAAUAGCUAAAAAGAUGAAUACCGAGGCCAUCACUAUUCGACUUUAGCUCCACCGCUAUUAAGCACCAGUAAGAGCAAAUUGAUAAGUUAGAUAGCUCGAGGUGGCUAUAAUGAUUUGGAAACCCCUUUGGAAGGUAGACAUUCAGAAUUCAAUAUUUCUAGCAUCCCUUAGAGCGCAUUACUUCAUCACCCAUAAAAGCUUGCUUUAAAAAAGAAAAUUCUUCCCUCUACUACUGGAAAGGACAUGUAAUUCUAUAGUAAUAAUCUAAAUAAGUCAGAUUAUGUGGAUAAUAUAAACCUGAGCAAUAAAAAUGAUUAAUCUUUCUCUAAAUUCGCUAAGCAUCAUAGCCUUAAUAAAACAGUGAUCACGACUUAGGAACAUGAUACUAGGAAUGGAAAGAGCAUAAUAGGCAACUAAACAACCAAGUCUAGUUUUCAUAAGAUGAAUUUGUUGCCUAAGCUAAACAAAAGUUCAAGAACUAGAGAUAACUUUAACACAAGUAAAAAGAGGAUAUCCCAUAAUGUGGUGGUGGAUGAGUAAACAGAAAGUUUUAUGAGUAACGGUCUAGAUAUAAAGUAAAAAGUCAGUUUAAAUGGAAUUGAUAACAGUAUUGAAAAUGUGACUGAAUUAGUACACUCAGCCUUAGAAGCGUUAUAGUUAGAUAUAAAUAAAAGACCUUUAGAGACAGAGGACAUUGGUAGACUUUGCUCACAAUUUGGACUCUAAUUAUCUCCCUUCCAAUAGUAUGAAGCCUUAUUCUAUGCUAGAAAAUCAUCUUAGGAAGCAUCUAAAUUUUCACUCGUAUUAUUGAUAACUUGGCUUAGCAAGCACUUGCCUAUUUUGAGGCCUGUAAAUAGAAAUCUAAAUAAAAGUGUCCUAAAUUAAACAAGUAGCUAAGACUUUGAUGAUUUUGGGAAAUCAAUGACAAGAAGAAAUUUUAACAAUUCCUUUAUGCAGAGAGGUGAUAAUCAAUAUAGAUCUGUGGGUAGAAAUUAAAUAAACCCAUAUGCCUCUAUGUUUUCAGGCGAUACUAAUCUACAAUCCAGGACAAUCUAUGCUGAUCAAGACUUUAAAUAGUAAGUUUAGCAAACAGUAAAGCUACUUCAAAAGUUGCCCACAUUAAAGAAGACUAUAUAAUCUAAGAUGAUGAAAUGGCAGGAUGACAGGGAAGAAGAUGCUGCAAAACAAGGUAUAGAGGGAGCAGUCAAAGCUAGAAUGGAUAUCAAGGCAUUUUAUCGAAGAAAAGAGGAAGAAAGGGAAGCAUUGCUUAAGAAGUUUUUAGAAAAUGAGCCUAAUGCUUGCCAUGCUAGCAAUCUUUAUAGGUUACUGACCAAACGAUGGACUGAAGAGCCUAAUGCUUACAAGGUAUGUUCAAAGCUUACGCCAAAGAAAUAAAAAAGAAUAAGAGAUAUACUUCUUGAAAAUAGAUAUAAUUGA